GCAGUCUAUUAAUUUUUUAGGGGUCUUCAUCUUCUUCUUCUUCUUCUUCUUGUAUCUAGCAAGCUUCCUUUCGCCUCAUGAUGUACAUGCUACACCCCUCGGUCGUGGAAAAACUUCACCUCCUCUACCACUCCCCAACAGCACUCCACCCACCUUCCUCCGACCCCCACUCACUUUCAUCUCUUGCAAGAGGCGGCCUCUUGCGACAGACCUUGAGUAGAAGAUAUCACUUCUCAACGGAUGUCUAUGAAGCUCCAGGAGCCAAUCAGAAUGGAUACCAGCAGCACAACUACUUCUUUCAACCGAUGUACACACUUCCGACCUCGAAGCUUUAUGUUUACUGGGUAUUCAUCUUGAAAACUUAUACACUUGCUACAACUUCUUGACUUUAUCAUCUAGCACAGAAUGGAAUAGCGGCUGCGUCAUCUAGCACAGAAUUCUCCCCAAUAGUACUUGCUACAACUUCACAUCUUGGAGAACUGCUCUAAACCUAUUUAUUAUAUUCACCUCGUCGAAAUUGAUGGAUCAUGCUAGUAUGGCGAUGCCAGUUCUUGCUCAGUCAUGAAUACCACCUGAACAUCAACCUCUACCUCGUCCCCAACUUCACGACCAGGUCUGGGUCUUCAUCAUCGGGGUGAACAUGACCUUCUUGCCAAUGCAUUUUCUCGGUUUUAAUACGAUGCCUCGACGAUACAACGAGAGUGCAGAUGCCUGCCAAGGUUGGAAUAUCAUGUGUACUCAGGGAUCCUUCCUAGCAUUGCUGGGAACAUGGUAUUGCAGGAAAACGGGGUGAGGCCGGACCACGACUACCGUGGUGGAGAGGCUGCGAAGAUGCUGUAGGUGGGAAGAUCAUGUUGACGAUGUGAACAUCCAUGAUUUCAUUCAACAGGCAUGCUGAAGAGUGGAUGGUGCCAAGAUGUUGCAUGUCGUGAUGUGAAGCCGCCGAGACCUCAUUAUCAGAAUUCUAGUAUGAGCUUUCUUCUCUGAUUUUUGGAUUGUUUUGGCCAUCUUUUCAAGACAAAGGCGCCCAAGUCUUCAAGCUGGCCCUGUCGUGUGGUUUGUUCAACAUAUUACCUGCUCUCGAGUUUGCGUCAUACCGCUCCUGAUCCUGUGGCAGUCUAUAUGAUCAUGUGUGAUCUGCCUUGAAUCUGCCAAGAUCGAGG